UGUGGGUGUGUGAACUACAGUUUUCUCUGUGAAGUUGCAGCUCGUCUCACCUCUGUGAGACUCUCUGGCGUUGUGAGUGAAUCGUCACCACAUUUCAAGGGGAGGUGAAGUCAUGUUCAGACUGCUAGGACACCAAGGUAAGAGGACGCAGAGCUGCCUCGCAGGCCAGCGGCGUUAUGAGCACCACAGGGCCGUCAUGGCCAUCCGGCGCGAGGACGUCAACCCCUGGGAGAGGAGGGCACCGCUGGCCCCGCGCCACGUCAAAGAGCUCACCAACGCCGGCGUCAAAGUCCUGGUCCAACCAUCCAACCGUAGAGCCAUCCACGAGAAGUACUACAUAAAGACGGGGGCUGUCGUUCAGGAGGACAUUUCCGAGGCGUCUCUGAUAAUUGGGGUGAAGAGGCCAUUCCAAGAGGAGAAGGUCAUUCCCCGGAAGACAUACGCUUUUUUCUCCCACACCAUCAAGGCUCAGGAGGCCAACAUGGGGCUUCUGGAGGACCUGCUGAAGAAGGAGGUUCGUCUGAUCGACUACGAGAAGAUGGUCGACGCUAACGGCUUCCGGAUCGUAGCAUUUGGUCAGUGGGCGGGUGUUGCAGGAAUGAUAAACAUUUUGCAUGGAUUGGGGCUGCGCUUCCUGGCUCUCGGGCAUCACACUCCCUUAAUGCACAUCGGCAUGGCUCAUAACUACAGGAACGUCAGCCAGGCCGUUCAGGCAGUGAGGGAUUGUGGGUAUGAGAUCUCCAUGGGGCUCAUGCCCAAAUCAAUCGGCCCUGUGACGUUUUGUUUCACCGGUACCGGCAACGUCUCUAAGGGAGCCCAAGACAUCCUUAACGAGCUUCCUGUUGAAUAUGUUGAACCGCAUGAGUUGAAGGACGUCUCUGAAACAGGAGAUAUGACAAAAGUGUACGCCACCGUUCUGAGCCGACAUCACCACCUGAUGAGGAAGAGCGACGGCAUUUAUGACCCCCUGGAGUACGAGAACCACCCAGAACUGUACACCUCGCACUUCAGGACCAGCGUGGCACCCUACACAACCUGCCUGAUCAAUGGUAUUUACUGGGACCCCCACACUCCCCGACUCCUCAGACGACUGGACGCCCAGAAGCUGAUAAGGCCGCCCAAAAUCACGCGUCCAGCCACCGAGGGAUCCCCAGUGCUGCCUCACAAACUCCUGGCCAUCUGUGACAUAUCUGCCGACACUGGCGGCUCUAUAGAGUUCAUGAACGAGUGCACCACCAUUGAUAAGCCCUUCUGUAUGUAUGACGCUGACCAGCACAUAGAUCACGACAGGCGGCGGUCGUCAGACAUUCCAGAUUUCAGCGUGGAGGGAAACGGGAUCCUCAUGUGCUCCAUCGACAACCUUCCUGCUCAGCUCCCCAUCGAAGCAACAGAGUACUUUGGAGACCGACUCUUCCCUUACAUCUGGGAGAUGCUGCCUUCAGACGCCACCCGACCGCUGGAGGAAGAGGAAUUCAGCCCUCAAGUCAGAGAUGCUGUCAUCACCUCAAACGGAGUACUCACCCCAAAGUUUGAAUACAUAGAUAAACUUCGAGAAAGAAGGGAGAAAGCUCAGAUCAUGAAGAAGACUGGGAUGAAGCGUGUUCUGCUGCUGGGUUCAGGAUACGUCUCUGGACCCGUAGUUGAGUAUUUGACUCGCGACGAGAGGACCCAGGUCACAGUGGCGUCUGUGCUGCUGAAGCAGGCAGAGGAGCUGGCAGACAAAUAUCCCAACACCAUCCCCAUCACGCUGGACGUCGGCAGCCAGGAAGGACACCUCGACUCUCUGAUCAAAGAUCAUGACUUGGUCAUCAGCCUGCUGCCGUACGCGUUUCACCCACUCGUCGCCAAACACUGCAUCAAGAGGAAGGUAAACAUGGUGACAGCCAGCUACCUGAGUCCUGCCAUGAAGGAGCUGCAGAGCAGUGCGGAGGAGGCGGGCAUCACCAUAGUGAAUGAGAUGGGACUGGAUCCGGGUAUCGACCACAUGCUGGCAAUGGAGUGUAUCGACCAGGCCAAAGCCGACGGCUGCACUGUGGAGUCCUACAGCUCGUUCUGUGGCGGACUUCCUGCUCCCGAAUGUUCAGACAAUCCUCUUCGCUACAAGUUCAGCUGGAGUCCAUACGGCGUCCUCCUUAACACCAUCAGCCCCGCCAUCUUCCUCAGAGACAACCAAGUGGUCAGCGUCCCAGCUGGCGGGUCUCUGAUGGACUCCAGCAUGCCGAUGGAUUUCCUUCCUGGUUUCAACCUGGAGGGAUUUCCAAACCGCGACAGCACCAAGUACGCAGAGCCUUAUGGCAUUGAGACAGCACACACACUGGUCAGAGGAACACUGCGCUUCAAGGGCUUCACGAAGGCCAUGAGUGGGUUUGUCAAACUGGGUCUGAUCAACAGCGAGCCCUGUCCCGUCCUGCACCACACUUGGAAAGAGCUCCUCUGUAAGCAGAUGGGAUUGUCCUCUUCAAUCUCCCAAGAUGCCUUUGAAGAAGCCGUAUACGAACGCAUCGGGAAGGACGACUUCGGGAUGGACACCCUGAAAUGGUUUGGGAUGCUGAGCGAUGAAAUGCCGCCUCAAGCAGACAGCGUUUUGGCUGCUCUGGCAAAACAUUUAGAAGUCAAACUCUUCUUCGAUAAGGGCGAGCGAGACAUGAUCAUCAUGAGGAACGACGUCGGGCUACGACACCCAACUGGCGAGCUGGAGACCAAACACAUUAGCCUGGUGGUGUACGGGGAGCCCAACGGCUUCUCCGCUAUGGCCAAAACUGUAGGAUACCCAGCAGCCAUUGCUGCUCGCAUGGUCCUUGAUGGUGAAAUCAGUACAAAGGGACUGGUGGUUCCGAUGACGAAGGAGAUCUACAUGCCGGCGUUGGCCCGAUUGAAGGAGGAAGGACUUAACUUCAUGUCCAAGAGCACCGUGCAGGAGUAGAGCCGAGCUUCCAAAGAGAGCAGAUAAUCAUUGUAAAUCCUAUCCAACAACGCCAUAGAAAAUGUAUAAAAUCCACAUGCUAUCAGCUGCCUUCUCACCAACUUAAUCCUAACUGGAUUUUCUGACAGACUCUGACUCCCCUGUCUGCUCAUAGUUUCUGUUUAAAAUGAUAUCUGCCACAGGCUGAUACAAUAAACAUUAGUUAAAUAAUUCUUUCAAAUUGAUAUGUGAAAGAAAGAAAGUUGGGGGGGGGGGGUGAAAGCAGGAAACAGCAGAAAAGAUUAGUCCCCAGGUUUUCAAUCCUGAAAUGCUUAUAUUUUUGUUAAAAUAAAACUUAAUGACUACUAUGCUUUAAAACAGUGUUUGUGAAGUUUUAGGUCAAAAAACUGAAAAGAGCAGCUUGUGAUGAUAUUUAGAAAUCUACAGUUUCGCAUUAGCAUUCUGAGUAAAGAUUAAAUUUGCUUAUCUGAGCCAAAUUGAAAGUGUUUCAGUGGGAUUGACCGAUUCAGGAAAAAGUUCUUCUGUGAAGAUGUGAAAAGGGUAGACAAAUCGAACACUAUUUUUAGAUAUUAUGAAUUUAAAGCAUUAAAAAGCACAAACAUUGACUCAUUAAUCAGGUAAAAAUACUCUACAAACCAGGUGUAGCUGGAAUUUCAGAUUUCCAGGAGACUUGAUGGAAAAUUCUGAGAUCCAACAAAAAUUAAAAACCAACCAAUUAAAAACAAAGACCCCAUUUACACCUGGUAUUAAAUUGCGAUCUGUAUCCAGAUAAGUUAUCUAGACAUGAAAAAAAAAAAAAAAGCAUGUUAAUGCGAGGUGUAAAUUGGGUCCAAAGGUGAAGCGUUCUCAAAGGUGUAAUGUUCAAUGGGCAAUUGGAGUGAUGCUACAGAUGAGUCCUCUGCAAAGUUUUUAUUGUAUUUAUUGACUUUAUUUGUAAAGUGUCCAAAGAUGCUAAACCUUUCCGAGUUUGAACCUUUUCCCCAUCACCUCAGACCGGUUAUCUGUAUUAAAUAACUGUUAUCUAAGAAACCCAUUUCAAUACUGCACUAACCUUCAAACUGUGAUAAACUUCAACAAGAAAGACGUCACCUUAGUUACAAGCCCACUUCAGUAUCUCUUUAAAUGCAUGCUAUGGAAAUCAACCAGAGCAAAAGUCCAACAUCAGAACCAUAAAAUAACAUCAAGAGUUCCCCAUUGGAAGAGAUAUUAUCUUCUAAUGUAGUCGUCCACUGUGUUGUGCGGAUUAUGAUUAUUCAGCUGGUCAUUUAGAUCAGAAGUGAUGUUUCUUGUGGUGCUUAUAUAUUAUAAUUGCCUCAGUAUCUCAACAUUUGGUUUGUAAUGCCCUUGACAUUACAACUAAAAACUCAAAAUGCUACAAUUCUGUUAAAGUAUGAAAUUGGUAUCUAAUGAUCAGCUAUUUUGACACUGUGUUUACUUCUCUCCAUUAGAUUUGUCUCAUCUUUCUACAGACCAAAACCUUUGACAGCUGGAAGAAAUUAGAGUAGUUGUAAUCUAUUAUUCACAUGGGAGCUACACCCCAUUUACACCUAGUAUUAAAAUGCGAUCCAGAUCCAGAUAAGGAAAAAUACAUGUUUAAUGCAAGGUGUAGCCUAAAUGUGAGGGAAUCUGCCUGACCAAAUCUGGAGGUAGCCUGACUCGCUUUGUUUGUUCGGAUCUUAGGUAGGCGUAAACCAGAGGGAGACACAAGACUGGAUUUUCCCUCCUGUCCAAUCCUGCUACCACAAAAAUAAUCCUGUCCCCAGAGUAAAAAAUAAAAAAAUAAAAAAAUAAAUUGCUGUCCUGUCCCAAUUCUGUGACCUACAGGAUUCCCGAAAAAAUGUCAGCUUCUAUUGUAAACACAAUCCGUAGCCUACAACGUGCUGGCAUCCAUGCACAACAUAACAUUAUAGCCUACAGGUAUGUUUUUAUCUAACAAAAAUAUAGCAAGCGAAGGCUGAAAGAGACGCGCCUGUAUUGACUGAAUGUGUGUUUUCGUUGCCGCGAAAGCCCAAAAGAUACGUUAUGUAACAGAACUGCAUGAAAAAUUAAAGCAAUAAUGGUGGGAAGUGAAUUACCGUAUAUACAAUAAGAACUAACUGUGCGUGUGAUGUUGUGCGUUGCACUCAUCUCUGCAGCUGUUUUGCUGCAGGCGUGGUCUAGCUACAGUUUGUCAGCAGUGCCAAUGCUAUGUAUGUAGCGCGGGUAUCAUUACAUGUAAUGCCCCUUUCAAAUGCCAUGAUUACAUUUGAAUUUUAAAGUCAACUUUACCAGUAAUGUGAGGCUUAAUUGGUAGAUUUUUCUAUGGAAAGCUAGCUAGAUUUAUUUAGAAGUUGUUAGCCUCAACGACAAGUAACAAUUCUUUCUGAUUUAUUUUCAUGUAAAAAGCAGUAAAAACAAGAAACUGUAAAUUUGUGAUUAUUUUUAAUACAAAUGUGUCUUGUUUUACACAAUGUAAGUCACACAUUUAUGACAAUAUUAUUUUCUCAGGCAAUAUUUUAACAUUUCUUUUUACUGAAAUCAGUACACCUUCAUGAGAUUUAAAAUAUUCUGGGUUAAUAUCUGAUUGUAUUUAUUGUCUGCCACCUAUUUUCUGAUCAGUAUUUAUUUUGUGUUUUGGGGUCACCUUGUAAAAGUUUUGUUACAACCUUAAAAUAGGUCAAUAAAAAUACCCAAGUGAGUUAUUUUACAUGUACCUAAGAUAUAUAUUUUAAAUAAUAUAUCUAUAUAUAUGUAUACCUGAUAUGUAGUUCAUAUGUGGGCUUCCAGAGUGUUUUAAACAGAAGCUAGUUUGAUAUUUCUGUAGAUUUAUAUGUUUAAAAUUCAAGUGAAACUACACAUUUUGUGAGCAAAAGUAAACAGCACAUCAACACAAUAGUGUUUGUCAAAUAAAAUUUUUAUAUCAGAGAA